AAUUCAUUCUGAUACAUGGACACUCCCUCAAAAGUUGCAAAUUUGAAGAUGCCGGGUGUUGAAGAACUUAGUUCCCUUGUUGCACGACUAGAGCUUGUCGCUGCUCGACUAGAAGGCGCAUCUGGGUCGACACCUGUGUCGCAGGAGGCUGCGGCUCAGUUUGUUGCUGCAUUUGACGAUAUUUUGGCCGCCGAGUUUAAAACUUUCAUCGAAAAAAGCAAGAAAAUUGGAGGGGAUGUUGCAACUAUUGCUGGACUAACUCAAGCUGCUUUCACUGCAGAGCGAAACUUCCUUAAUACUGCUUCUAAAUCUAAAAAGCCCUCUGAUAAGGAUCUCCCGCUGCUCCUGAAGCCUAUCUCCGACAAGAUCUCUGAGAUCCAGGAGUUCAGGGAGAAGAACCGCAGAUCAGAAUUCUUCAAUCAUCUGUCAGCUAUAUCAGAAAGCAUCCCAGCACUAGGUUGGGUAGCUGUAUCUCCUGCUCCUUCUCCCUAUGUGAAGGAGAUGAAUGAUGCAGGACAGUUCUACACUAAUAGAGUUCUCAAGGAUUGGAAGGAGAAGUCUGCAGAUCACGUGGACUGGGUUAAAUCAUGGGUUCAGACCUUGAAUGAACUUCAGAGCUACGUAAAGAAGUAUCACACCACGGGGCUGCUCUGGAACCCUGCAGGAAGCAGCGCUGCUCCUGCUCCUGGAGCUUUCUCUGCUCCUUCAGGACCUCCCCUACCCCCUCCUCCACCACCUCCAGGAACCAUGGAUAUUGAUUUCGAGGUUGACCCUGCUAAAGCUGCCCGUGGUGACCUAAUGUCAAGUCUGAAUAAAGGUGCUGACAUCACCAAGGGACUGAAGAAGGUUUCUGACGAUCAAAAGACUCAUAAAAAUCCAACACUGCGUAGCACAGGGGUUGUUCCUUCUAAGGAUAAACCGGCUGUGCCGACAAAAACCUUUGGGAUACCUGUUAGUAACAAGCCGCCGAAACUUGAACUUGACGGCAAGAAGUGGAUUGUAGAGUAUUUCAAGGGAAACCCAAAUCUGUCUAUUGAAGACACUGAGACCAAUCAGUCCGUGUACGUGUUCAAGUGUGAAGGAUCAACUAUUAAAGUCAGUGGAAAGUGCAACAACAUCAUCUUGGACUCAUGUAAGAAGACUGCUGUUGUUUUUGACAGCGUAGUUUCUAGCUGUGAGUUCAUCAACUGUCAAUCUGUACAGAUGCAGGUAACCGGUUCUGUUCCAACUAUAUCUGUUGACAAGACAGACGGUUGUCAGAUGUAUCUUAGCAAGGAUUCGCUGAAUGCUGAAAUAGUCUCUGCAAAAUCCAGUGAAAUGAACGUCAUGAUUCCACAGGGAGACGAUUUUGUCGAGCAGCCGAUCCCGGAGCAGUUCAAGACAGUCAUCAAAGCCGGAAAGUUAUCCACAUCCGCAACCGAAUCGGUUUAAGAAAUCAGCGGCCGGUUAGGAAAUCAAAAAUCGGCGAUCAUAUCGGAGCCGCUUAUGCCACUAGAGUACAGUAACCCCGUAGUAAGGCCUACAAAAUUUACCUUAACAAAUAAAAAAAAAGAUUGUUGAUAUUUCUCCAUCUUGUUUAUUUUCUCUAAUGGCCGUGGAAAUUUUCUUGUCUAAAAAACUGCCAACUGCUCAUAUUCUCCUAUCUGUUAGUGUUAGUUAGGCAUUAACUUACUAAACUUUUCUAUUCGCCUCCUGUAAACUCCUCUUUUGGGAACUUUUCCGUCGUCACUUUUUUUAUUAUAUUUGUAUUUGAUUUAAGACAAUGUAUUUAAUUAUGUAACAUACUACAAGUAUUUAUCCAAUCCUGUAAUCUAUGUACAAUUGUACGACAAGUUAUCUAUGUACAAUUGUACAUAAAAGUAAUGUAUUCAAUCCUGUAUAAGUAAUUAAUGAAAUACAGACAAUAACUAUUA